ACGGGACAGAAGGCAGAGCUGGGUUAGGGAUGGUGCAUUUCAAACAGGCUCCUGACAAUCCCUGCCUGGCCUUGGAACGAGCCUCUCAUCCCAGCCCCACCAAACCCAAAUCAAACUGCUGUCCUGUGCCUGCUUGCAGCAGGUUCUGGGAAAGGCUCCGCAGCUUUUUCUACAUGAACUCACCUUGUUGUGUCCCAAAACCUCUCAGCAGCACAGCUGGGCCCUCACUGAGCUCUGCACACACAGCUCAGCCCUAACACAGCUCUGGGAGAAACUGGGGCUUUUCUCUCCACCUUUCCUGCGUGUUGGAAUGAGGGAGAACAGGAAUCUCAGGGAAUUUCUGGGUGAGCCCCAAGCAGAACGUGUGUGCAGCUCCAGGAGCUCAGGGACCCUAACCCCAACCAGGCAGGAUCCUUCUCCAUCCUCUGGAUCACAGGCAGGAGCCUUCUCCAUCCUCUGAGUGCAGGAACUGGAUGUCACAGCAGCCAGACACCAGUGAUUGUGCUAUUAGGAGCUUAUGUAAAAAAACUCAUGUCAUUUAGGCCAAUUAACAUCAAAUACUUUGAUUAAUUAUGAAGUCAUGUAGAGAGUGAGACCUGAGCAACCUGCUCUAGGGAAGGUGCCCCUACCUUGGGUGGAACUGGAUGAUCCAGAAGAUCCAACCCAAACCAGUCUGAGAUUCCACGAAAAGACAAAAAAAAAAAAGCUACAGAAAGCAUUUCCUGCCACUGGGUAUUUGCAUGAUGGAUGUGUGUUCUGGUGAAGGAAGUGAUAUUUGACUUAUUUAAGGAAUAUUCCCACAUUAUUCCUCUUGGCCAACCAGAGCGGGGCUUGCGUGACUCGUUUACAAAUAUUUAACGAGUGUUUUAAGGUAGACUCUGCCAUUCAGCUGAAAAGCAGGUUGCCAAGGAGACUCUCACCUAGCACCAGUUCUCCAAAAAUCCCAAAGCUGCCUCAGUAGUCGGUGCUGGCAGGGCUGGGGAGCAGGAAGGGAGCUCCACAGAGGCGCCAUUCAGCAGCCCCAGAUGGGCUGAGCUCAUGAAUUAAAGAUUCUCCUGGCUGGGGUGGGGUGGCUGCUGCGGGCCCACAAUGGCAUCAUUCACAUCAUUCACAUCACUCACAUCACUCACAUCAUUCACGCUGCCCUGGCUCCUUUCUCCCCUGGACACUCUGAUACGCCGAGGGAAGCGCCCCAUCCAUCCACCCCACGGGGAAAUGGGGCGUGUGGGGAAACAUUCCCGAGGUGGCAGACAGCUGGGAGAGGAAUUCCUGCAAAUGACCCCAAACAAAAGCUCAGGCAACACUUUUUUAUUCCUUUGAGACCCUUUUGUGGCCCUGCUUUGCUCUCUUCGUGGCACCCAAUCCUGCUACAGUUUAAAAGAGUCUUUGCAAGGAUGCCCAAACAGCAGCCAGUGCCUGGAAAUUCACAUUUGAGUAAGAAAAACCAGGGAGAACUUCCCUUCUGCACAAUUCCUGUGCUUGGGAUGAGGAAAGACAGCUGGACAGAGGAAAAAAAGCACAAAAAUAAAAGCUCUAACGUGAGUUGGUUAAAGCUGAGCCAAGUUCAAGCCUGGGCUCUAGCACAGAGCCCAAAGCCUGGUUCAGCAGCAGGCUCUGUCACCAUCUCACCCACAAUCCCAGACUGGGAUAAAAACAACCUUUUCCAGUAACACAUUUUCCUGUGGGAACUCCAUCAGAAACCUCCAGCUGCACUGCAGUCUGAGAUGUUGCUGCAGCUGGAAUGAGGAGCGAGGCUGAGAACCUUCAGCUGCCCCAGACCCCCCGAGAGCCUGGGCUGGGAGGCUCUGGAGAUCCCCCAGGGCAGGGUGAGCUGCAGCAGGUGACACAGGGAUGUGUCCAGAGACUCCAGGUCCCCCUGGGCAGCUGUUCCAGCCUCUUCCUCCUGCUCAGCUGCAGCUUGCUGCCCUCUGCUCUGUGGCCACUGCUGCUUGGCUCCUGGCUCUGGGCAGGGUGUGGCCCCUUCUCCUGGCCCAGCUGGAGAGAUUUGUGUGGAUGGAUGGGAUCCCCUCUGAGCCUUUCCCUUCUCCAGACUGCCCAGGCCCAGCUCCCGCAGUCUCUGCUCACCAGAGACGCUCCAGAGCCCUCAACAUCUCUGUGGCCUCUGCUGGAGCCUGUCCUGCAGUGUCCCUGCAGUGUCCCUGCUCAGGAGAUCAGCUGGAAUUCAGGGAGCUGCUUCUGGCUGUGACAAUCCCCAAUACCCAGCACCUGUUCCUGUGCUGCUGCCAAGGUGCUGCACAAGCACCUGCUGUUCAUACACACCUCAGUGUGCUACAGCUGCAUCUCCAGCACAGAACUGCCUUUCAGCAGGAAUUUCCCCAUGGAAAGGGGGCUCAGGCCUUGGCAGGGGCUGCCCAGGAAAGGUUUGGAGAGUCCAGGAAAGGUUUGGAGUGCCCAGGAAAGGUUUGGAGAGUCCAGGAAAGAUCUGGAGUGCCCAGGAAAGAUCUGGAGUGUCCAGAAAGGUCUGGAGUGUCCAGAAAGGUCUGGAGUGCCCAGGAAAGGUUUGGAGAGCCCAGGAAAGGUUUGGAGUGUCCAGGAAAGGUCUGGAGUGCCCAGGAAAGGUUUGGAGUGCCCAGGAAAGGUUUGGAGUGCUCAGGAAAGGUUUGGAGUGCCCAGGAAAGGUCUGGAGUGCCCAGGAAAGGUCUGGAGUGCCCAGGAAAGGUCUGGAGUGCCCAGGAAAGGUCUGGAAUGUCCAGAAAGGUUUGGAGUGCCCAGGAAAGGUUUGGAGUGUCCAGGAAAGGUUUGGAGUGCCCAGGAAAGGUCUGGAAUGUCCAGAAAGGUCUGGAGUGCCCAGGAAAGGUCUGGAGAGCCCUGGAAGGUUUGGAGUGCCCAGGAAAGGUCUGGAAUGUCCAGAAAGGUCUGGAGUGCCCAGGAAAGGUCUGGAGUGCCCAGGAAGGUCUGGAGUGCCCAGGAAAGGUCUGGAGUGCCCAGGAAAGGUUUGGAGUGCUCAGGAAAGGUUUGGAGUGCCCAGGAAGGUUUGGAGAGCCCAGGAAAGGUUUGGAGUGCCCAGGAAAGGUCUGGAAUGUCCAGGAAGGUCUGGAGUGCCCAGGAAGGUUUGGAGAGCCCAGGAAAGGUUUGGAGUGCCCAGGAAAGGUUUGGAGUGCCCAGGAAAGGUUUGGAGAACACAGGAAAGGUUUGGAGAGCCCAAGAAAGGUUUGGAGUGCCCAGGAAGGUCUGGAGUGCCCAGGAAAGGUCUGGAAUGUCCAGAAAGGUUUGGAGUGCCCAGGAAAGGUUUGGAGUGUCCAGGAAAGGUUUGGAGUGCCCAGGAAAGGUCUGGAGUGCCCAGGAAAGGUCUGGAAUGUCCAGAAAGGUCUGGAGUGCCCAUCCCUGGAGGUGUCCACCCUCAGUGACCUGGGCUGGGGACAAGGUGGGGAUUUGGACAUUGGGCUCCACUUGCUGGGAGGGCUUUUCCAACCUCAGGGAUUCCUCCCUGAACAGAAGCAGCAAAGCUUCAAGUGCCAUUAGAAAUUCUAAUGGGCAAAGCUCCACCAACAGGCCCAGGUUUCCCACACUCAGCACUGCUCAGCUCAAACACAAAUAAAUGUGUUUUGCCUGAAAUGUAACACCCUCCAGUCUGCAGCACUGAUUCCUGUCAACACUCACCAUAUCCCUGCUCCUUCCCUGCAAGGAAAAGCCAGGCACAGUGUGCAGUGGCAGCAAGGAGGUUUUUCUGCUUUAAUUAUUCCACUAAAUAUCCACAAUGACAGGUGAAAAGCCCGAAUUUAAGCACCAGGAAGCCAAGGGGAAAAUCGGUAUGCACAUUUUUAAAAAGGGAAAUGUCAUAUGCCUCAAAAAGGAGGAAAAAAAAAAACAACUUCCCUGUCACUAAUGGAAUAUAUCCCCCAAAGAAAGAAUCUGCAGGGAACCUUUCCAAAAGAGAUGGGUCCAUUUCCUGAGCUGCCAAUCACACACAGACUGAGAUGGUGGAGGAUGUGGAGCAAUCCAGAAAUUCCUGCUGACAUCCUGCUCCAAGAGAAGUCCCCAUCCUGUCAAAGCCCAUCAGUGUGAUCAGGGGGAGCUCUGGAUUGCAAAGGAGGUUCCCCAUGGAGAGGGUGGCCGGGCUCCCCAGGGAUGUGGCCACGGCACCAGAGCCCAGGGAAUGCCUGCAUGAUGCUCAUGGUUUAUUUUCAGCUGCUGUGAGGAGCAGGAGCUGCACCUCAUGUCCCUUCCAGCCUGAGACAGGAUUCCAUCAAUGCCAAAUGGGGGUGUAAUUCCAUUAAAUUCACACAGAAGGGCAAACGUGGGAAUCCCUGGAAUUAUCAAUCAACAAAAUCCAGGUUGAAUCUUCAACCCAUCCAUAGCGACUGGCUACUCUCAACAAUGAGGCAGCAAAAACCCAGAAAAAUGAAAUUAAAAAGUGUCAAUUCUGAUAAAGAUGAGAUUUGGAGCCAUCUUUCAGCCGGAGAGGAAACACUUCCCCAGAGCCUCUGGCCCUACAUGUGACACAACUGCUCGUAAUUCCUGAGUAAUCCAGGCCCAGACAGCUCCUCUCCAUGUCCUG